AUGGGGUACAAUCCGCUCCUGAAAGUGCGCGAGACCGGCCACACGGCUCUUCACUCUGCCGCUCUGUACGGUCCGAUGGGUCGGUGGCAUGUCAACGACACGUCUCGCGUGUUUGCACGCAUCGUUCCCAUGCUCUCCGCCGCCCCUGUCCAGGACAACAAUCUAGCGACUCCGUUUCAUCUCGUUGCGUUUGGAAUCAGUGGAACCAAUCGAGCGCGGUUGUAUGAGAUAAUGCUGCAUGUUUUCUUCACACAGUUGAAGGGUCGGCCCGAGAAGGCGAGUGACGUUCUCAAUAUUCAGGAUCAGCAGGGCAACACGAUGAUGCAUUAUCUCGCCGAGUGCUCGUCUCUGUCGGAGAAGAUUUUGUUGGAUCUUUGGGAGUUCGACAUUUCCUUUGAAAUCAAAAACAAGGAGGGCCAGACCGCAUACGACAUCAGCGUGAAACACAACAACAAACCAAUCAUCGAACUGUUCGGUCCCGAUGCAACAGCCACACCUUCCACCCUCACGAGCUCCUCAAGCAAACAACCAAAAACACGAAAGCGUAGACAUUUUGAUCUACACAACUUCAAAGAGGACAAAGAAACGAGAAGGAGGAGGAAACCGAAUCGUUACGAUCCGACCUUCCACGACGAGGUUCCAAAGUUCUUGCAACUGGACGUUCAGAAAGUGAAGAAAAAGAAGAAAAAGAUGGAAAGUCAGUCUGAGACUGGCAACUUGUCUGAUAGUGAUACGGAUGUUGAGAAGUCAAUGGAGAGCAACAGUGAGGAGGCGGGUGGCAAUAGGAGUCGUACGAGUGUGGAGUCGGCGGUUGUGUCGUCUUCGCUGUCUGUGAAUCUCUCGAAGAACUUGUAUGUUGAUGGUGAGAAGUUUGAGUUGUCGUCGCAGCCUUCUGCAGCUGAAAACGCAUCACAUGCAGGGAAAUCACACUAGAAGCUUCUUCCUUUGCUGGAAUCUCUAGUUGCAUCA